AUGAGAGGUCCCCUUCCUUUCCUCCUUGUUGUUCCCUUCGAUACUUCGCUCUUCGAACAGGAUUCCUGCCUUUCUGGUAAAUUUCUAGGGAACUAUAGAGAUGGGUCCAAUAUCAAUAGUGUUUUGAUUACCAAUGAGGAGUGUAUAUCUUCGUGGACUUCUCAAACCCAGCCUCUAUCCGCUGCCUUUGCACCCGCAGCGCAGGGCUUCAGACAACUUGUUUGGAUAGAGGAAGAGGCUGUAGAUCCUUCCUUGAAGACUGUGAUAGCUGAAGAUGAAUUCAAACAAUUCCUCGAACGCUUAUCUUCGCCUCCUGCGAUGCCGUUCGAGCAAACUUUCCUUGAAUCCGAGCAGAAUAUCUUCAUAGGAACUUACCAGGAUGCCAGCUACGAAAUCUUCUAUCAAACCCCAACAGCCGCUCUACUGUCCGUGAACUCCCGAGUUGCUAUCCACCUAGAUGCAGUCUUGCCUCGAUACUGGAAAUCCACACCGGUCCCAUCUUUUCCAGUUGAAUAUAUUCCCGUUCCCCCGUCGUCUGUUGAUCCGGUCAAGUCCGUCCUUGCUAAUCUGGCUUACGACUCGACUGUUGCUACUCUCGUCGAUGGCAUCUCGAUCCCACAAAUGCGAAAUGACAUUCGAUUCCUCACCGGCGAAGAUGGCCAGUCUGGCAUUGUAUCACGUCAUUCGUUUUCCCAGGGCGCCAGAGUAGCUGCUGCAUGGCUCAAACAACGAUUCGAGGAAACCGGAGCUACAUGCCAACUUAUGCCAUUCAUGCAAGGUUUCGCUCCUAACGUUAUCUGCCGUUAUGAAUCCGUCGUGAACACUACUGGAACUGUUAUCAUUAGUGGGCAUUAUGAUAGCCGUGGUUCGUUUGGUAGUACUCGGAUGCCAGGAGGAGAUGAUGAUGGCUCAGGAACAACUGCUGUCCUCAGCAUUGCUCGCGCGAUAGCACGCAAUGGAGUAAAAUUCCAUCAAAAUGUCGAGCUUGUUGCAUUUGCUGGCGAAGAACAAGGUCUCUAUGGCUCUAGAGCAUAUGCUCGCGAACUUCGAAGUCUAGAUGCGAACAUUACACUUAUGAUUCAAGCGGACAUGCUUGCGUAUCGCAAGCCAGGUGAACCUAUGCAGCUUGGUCUCCCAAAGUCAAUUGGAACCUCAGAAGUUGCGCAGCUCGUCGCGAACAUAUCAUCCUUGUACAGUCCAGAGCUCGAAGUUGGCUUCACAUCAGCAUGUUGCAGUGAUCAUCAAUCGUUCUUCGAACAAGGAUAUGCAUCGACUCAAGUUUUCGAGAGAGCGGGACCCAUCGCAGAUCCCAUGUAUCAUAAUAGUGGUGAUUUGAGUGAUCGUGAAGGUUAUGAUUUCGACCAGUUGAAAGCCAUAGCAAAGGUCCAGUUUGCCACUAUACUUCAUUAUGCUGGUUUUGAACUGCACAAGUAA